CAUCUCAUAUCCUACUAGUUCCUCUAAUGAGAUGGUCUACUGCAGCAUCGGCUACUUGUACGUUACUCAUGUUCGGCAUGCAAGGAUGUUCGACAACAGGGGGUAGUAAAGGUAGUGGGAAUUUGCCAUCUGCUCUCCCUGAUGACCCUAACCAACCGGUGACAUUCCCUGCUAGUACCCCUUUCCCACCAACUGCGAGGCCUAUCUCCUCUGAUGCGUGUAAUGGGAAUAAGAUUGGUACCUAUACCUGGUCCCAGAGCUAUUGGAGGGAAGGUGAUGAUUCUUUGAUUAACUUCGCUACGAGUGAUAUGGGCCGUCAGUGGAAUUGUGGAGAUUUGUAUAUCAACAUUGCUGAUGCCUCGAACUAUAACAUCAUUAAGGAUCAGACCAAGCUCGUAAGCUGGAUGAAGAAGUGGCGUCAGGAGACUGGUAACAACGGCGUCAUCUGGCUCACUUAUGGUGAUGUUGUCGAUAAGAAUGGCGAGAAGAUGGUGGGAUUCGUGACGACCUUCGAGCAGUUCCUCAUGCGCUCUGUGUCAGCGCAGACUAUGGCUGAGAUAGCCCCUAUUGGUAUCAGCUUUGAUGUUGAGCAUAUUGCCGAUAAUUACUAUAAGGAGGCUCUCACGAAGUCACAUGAUAUGAUUAACGAGGUGACUCAGGGUAUGGGGUAUCUACCUAACUCCAUUUACGUUGAUAGUACCAUCGAGGGUGAGGAAAACUCUCAGGAGACUGAAUACGUUAUGCGUUAUGCAGACCACGCCCUUAUGAUGUUGUACAGAAAUGAAUUAGGUGGUAGUUAUGAGGAUGAUCUGCUCGAACGCAUGAAGUGGAUGAUGACCGAGCAAUGCAUCGUAUGCACUAAGCCUGGUUGGGAGGAUCUCAAGGCCAAGAUUACGAUUAUGGUCGAAGGCUCGUGUAAGAUGGGCCAUGGGUGUGGUAAGCUGUCGAUGUGCGCUAAGGAUACCUCCUCUUAUCCUGACGCUAAUGGUGGCAUCGAGUACAUCUGGAAUACCCUCAACAAUCUGACCAAACGUAUGGUAGAGGAGGGUGUCGUGACUCAGGAGCAGUUCGAUCAUCUCUUCGACGUCAACGGUACACUGUUCGCGGUCCAUAACUGGGAAUGGUCUCGCUGUUUUUAUGGAGAUAGUUACUCUCAAGAUAUGGGCUUCUCCGUUUGUAAGGAUUAUCAUUCUAUGGCUGCCGACUGUCGGCUGAAGUAG